UAUGCAGAUAUAUGUACAUUUGUGUUUGUGUGUAUCUGUCUGUCUACCUGUGCGUUUGUGUGUUUACGUAUCUAUAUAUAUUGCAAAAACAAAGGGAUUUACCGCGACUGGUGAUUAACCCCAAAAGCACGUGACAAACGUAUGUACACUCAAGCCAAGUUUCGUUUCAUUCCAUUCCUCCAACACACGCAAGAAAUCAUUAUAACGAAGGGAAAGAAAGAAGAAAAGAGAAAAAAAGGGAAAAUUCACACGCGCCAAAUAAAAAAAAAGAACAGUAACCAGGGUAUAUCCGCCAUAUUGGAUCCCACCGCUGAGCAACGCUUUAUAAAAAAACACACCUUGAGGACAUGCCAAAAAGCUGCCUGAUGGCGCUACCCAGACAUCUUGGCAACAGUGUGGCUGCCGCUUGCAAACAAUAUGGAUUUUUCGCUCAAACGUCCCGAGCUCAUAGUCUACAGUCACAGUGAAAUGAAUAAAAAACUGAACGUCAAGAGGAGGAAGGUACCCUGGUGGCAGAACGAAAUUAUAUACCAGGUUUAUCCGCGGUCUUUUUGCGAUGGGAAUGGAGACGGUGUUGGCGACCUGAAAGGCAUCACCAGCAAAGCCGACUACCUGCGUGCCCUGGGCGUGGGCACGGUGUGGCUGAGCCCCGUGUACCCUUCCCCGAUGGCCGACUUCGGCUACGACAUCGCUGACUUCGUGGGCAUCGAGCCGCUCUUCGGGACCAUGGCGGACUUCGAGGAGCUGCGAGCGGCGCUGCACGACAGGGGCCUGAAGCUGAUGAUGGACUUCGUGCCGAACCACAGCAGCGACGAGCACGAGUGGUUCGUCAAGUCCAGGCGGAAGGAGGAGCCCUACACGGACUACUACAUCUGGGCGGACCCGAAGGGCUUCAACGAGACCGGCCAGCCCAUUCCGCCCAACAACUGGGUGAGUUGGAGGAGGACAUGGCGUGGUGAAUGCUCGCGGGCGGGGUUGAAUGAGGACUUGAAUUUGUUGAAUUUUCGCGGCUGAAUUGAACAAGACAAGCGGUGUUUAAUUUUCGCGGAUGAGCUGAAUCUGACAAGUGUAGAAUUUUCACGGGCGUGAGUUGAAUGAGGACGUAGUUUAUUGAUUUUUUGCGGCUGAGUUGAAGUCAAGUUUUGUUCAAUUUAGGUGGGAGUUGAACACGAACUAUCAUGAGUGAUUUGAACAAGACAAGUGUUGUUGAACAUAUUGUGAAUAUGAUUAAAGAA